CCGGGAGCCUACCCGGCGUAGCUCUCUGUCUUGCUUGCCUCCUGCGAGAAGCGGGAAUAAGGAGGCGCGGCCGCCCUGCACUAAGCCGAAAGAGACGCUUCGCUCUUCUUUGGCAUCUUCGGGAGGCCCCCGGUUUCUACCUCCUUAAUUGCUGUUCUCUCCUUCGGGGCUCCGCCGCGCCUGUUGGCGGCGGGUCGGGGUGUUUUCUGUCGCGGAAUAGCGGCCGGGAUGGUCGGGAAGCGUAAAGGGGUUUCGCAGGUGCAGCGGUCCUGCAAGAAAGUCAAGGGAGAGGAUCCAGCCGCCGCCUCCGCUUCUUCCUCGGGUCUGAAAACUUGUGAGCAGCGAAACGAUCAUUGGAAGAUGCAAAACCUGAGAAGAAAACUACGCCCAAAUUGUCAUCUGGAAAAAGAGACAAAAGGAGCAAGUCUCUCAGACACUUCAGAAAAAUUCCAAUGAAAAAAGACCAAAAUCCAAAGUCAAGGAGGAAAUGAAUAGAAGUAUAGAAAGCCAGGGGUUCCUUCCAAAAGUGGGGAAAUGCAGUGGUUUGCAGAGAACUCCUUUAAAGAAAAAAACAAAUGCAAAAAAGAAUUGAUUAUUACAAAGAAAGAAGAAGAGGAGAUGAGGAAAGUGAGGAAGAAUGGGAAGAUGUGGAAGAAAUUUGUGAACCUGAGAUCGAGAUGCUGAAAGAAGCUAAGGCACCAAAGCUUCCCAGCACAACUGUUGAGAUAGAAAUUGAAACACCUGAACAAUCCAAGAAAAGAGAGAGAAGAGAGAAACGGCAAGCUGAGUUUGAGAUAUAUCUCCGUCGAAUGGUGAAACGCUUCAGCAAAGAAGUCCGCGAAGAUACCCAUAAGGUUCACUUAUUGUGCCUAUUGGCCAACGGUUUCCAUAGGAACAGGAUCUGCCUUCAGCCAGAUCUUCAAGCGAUUGGCCUUUCUAUCAUUCCGAUUCGCUUCACCAAAGACUCCGUAGAUCGCAUCAAUCGUCUGUUUCUGUCAAAUCUUGUGAAUUGGUUUUCUGCAACUUUCACUAUUAACAAUCAGCUCUCUGACAGUGAAGAUUGGCAGGUGACUAUAGAGAGGCGUUUUGCUGUCUAUGCUGCACGAGAUGAGGCGGAACUGGUGCAGAUAUUUUUACUUAUUCUUCGAGCACUGCAUCUAAUGUGCCGACUUGUAUUGUCUUUACAACCCAUUCCUCUCAAAGAGCCAUCGGGGAAGGGAAAAUCCUCCAAGAAAAGCUCUCUUUUGGUAGCUUCUGGGACAUUGCCCAAUUCUGCCAAAAGCUCAAGACAAUGCACAAAAGCAGAUACUGCUAAGAAGACAAGCCUCUCCAGGGCCAAAAGGCUGAGAAAGAAAUCUUCAGCACAGGAAGAUAUUCAGAAAAAUAUAAAAUCUGAGAAUGAUGAGAGGAGCUUGAGAGCGGAAGGGCUAGGAAGGCCUAAAAAUGACCGACGACGGCAAGUGGCAUCUAAAGUGUCCUAUAAAGAAGAAAGUGGAGACAGUGAGGAUAAUGAUUCUGAAUUCUGUCCUACAGAGGAAAAUGAUGAUGGCAGCAUAUCUGAUGAGGAUUUUGAAAUUCCCCCCAAAAAACUGAAGUCACCACUAGGAACCCCUAAAACAACGCCAGGAACCCUGAAAGCAAAAGCAGUUGUCAACAGGCAACAAUCCGUGCCUUCUGUCUCGAAAAGAGAUAAGGACUCAGAGAUAAUUGGUAGUUUGGUAGACAAAACAGUCAGUCCAUGUUCUUCAAAUUCAUCUAAGAAGAAAAACAAAAUAAUUUCUAGUGAUGAAGAAAAAGAGCAGAGGUCAGUUGUAUCCAGAGGCACGGACUAUUGGGUAGAGGUUUUUCUUGAACGAGAAGACCGAUGGAUAUGUGUGGAUUGCAUGCAUGGCAAUGUUGGACACCCUCUGGAAUGUUUCAAGUACGCCUCAAAGCCAGUGUCUUACAUCAUUGGCAUUGACAACAGUGGAUUUGUAAAAGAUGUAACACAGAGAUACGACCCAGCAUGGAUGACUGCAACGAGGAAGUGUCGUGUGGAUGCCCAGUGGUGGGAGGAUACCUUGGAGCCGUACAAAAGUUCUUUUGUGGAACGAGAUGCUAAAGAAGAAAGAGAGUUUGUAGCUAAACUUCAAGAUCAGCCUUUGCCACAAUCCAUCAGUGAAUACAAGAAUCAUCCGCUUUAUGCCUUGAAGAGGCAUCUCCUUAAGUAUGAAGCCAUAUAUCCUGAGACAGCUGCAAUUCUAGGAUAUUGCCGAGGGGAGGCUGUCUACUCCAGAGACUGUAUCCAUACCUUGCACUCCAAAGACACCUGGCUGAAACAAGCUCGAGUGGUGAGGAUUGGAGAAGUGCCUUAUAAGAUGGUGAAAGGUUAUUCCAACCAAGCGAGAAAAGCACGAAUGGCAGACCCUGCAAAUCGGGACAAAAUGGAUUUGCCAUUGUUUGGUCUCUGGCAGACUGAGAAAUACCAGCCACCUCUGGCUGUUGAUGGAAGGGUUCCUCGGAAUGAGUUUGGGAAUGUCUAUCUCUUCCAACCCUGCAUGUUACCAAUAGGCUGUGUGCAGCUAAAUCUUCCUAGCCUUCAUAGAGUGGCCCGUAAACUAGAUAUUGACUGUGUUCCAGCUGUUACAGGAUUUGAUUUUCAUGGUGGUUACUCUCAUCCUGUCACAGAAGGCUAUGUAAUCUGUGAGGAGUACAAAGAAGUGCUUGUUGCAGCCUGGGAGAACGAAGAGUCAGAAAGGGAAAAGAAGGAAAAGGAGAAGCGGGAGAAGAGAGUGCUGGGAAAUUGGAAACUGCUGGUGAAGGGACUUCUGAUCAAGGAGAGAUUAAAGAAGCGCUAUUCUACCAAGAAUGAGACAAGAGCCAUGAUGGAAGGGGAGUCUGGUUUGUCAUCUGAUGAAGAAGGACCAUACUCAGAAACACCUGCUGAAGAUGUAGCUGUUUCUUGGCCCCAAAAUCGACAAGCUGAGGAGCAGAGUGGGAAAGGAAAAACAACCAAAAAGAACAAGAGAGAAAAGAAAGGAGAAGCAAAAUAUUUGUUCCCGUUUGAGAAAUUGUGACAAGGAGUUUUGGGACUGGCUUAGAUUCUUUUGAUUCCUGUCUUAACAUAAACCAGGAAGUACUUUUAUGUCCCUCGAGUUUACAUUCACACUGAACCUUUCCUGCCAGCAGGAACAGCUAAAACAACUCAGGAAACUUGCAGCCUGUUUUUCUAAUAUUGCAUUCCUAGAUGUAUGCAGGACUUGAAGCAAGAAAAUUGGUCUGGAUUCAUUGCUGGAUGACUACUAUAACUUUAUAUUGGCCGGUGGCAACUACUUUUCCUAGAUUCUUAAUAGAUACAUUGUCUUUAAGAUGCUGCUGAUGGGUAAAGCAAGAACAUUGAUGUUGGAGCAAAGUACCUUCCAAUGCCAGAUCUUAAUGCCUGCAAAUACAUUCCUUGGCUUGGAAAUUUUGCAUUAUUUUAUUGCAAAGACACAUGAGCUUCCAGGAAGAGUUAUAACAGGAAUAUGUACAUAUAGAUGUACUCAUAUACAUGUAUGUGUAUUCAUAACAUACAUGUUGCAAUAGUAAAACUGGGCUUAAGUUGUAUUAUAUA